UCCCCGGGUCCAGCCCCCCCACUUCCUCCUCCAGCGCCUGAGACCGAGCCGCAGCCGGCGCCGGGACUCCCCGCUGCCACCUGCUCCGAGCCUGACUCCAGCAGCGGCCGGGCAGGGGGCACCCGCCGGCUGCUGCCUGCUCUGGCUGGGCUUCCCCCAGGGGCUGCUGCCCGCUGACCCCUGCCUGGGGGGGUUGCCCCCCCCCGCCUUAGGAGCCCUGCGGGGAAGCUGGCACCAGGGAUGCCCCUGGGGAGCUCUCGCCCGGGCUGGUGCCGUGCUCCGGAGAGCACCCCGUGCCUCCCGCCAGCCUGAGCCCGGGCAUGUGCUGGAACCAGUCGUAGCACAUGGUCACACCCGUCCCGCCUGCCGCCUGGACCUCCUGCCCCCAGGACUGCCAUGGGGCAGCAGGGGGCGGCCGGCCCCUGCGCUCUGUGGCUCUGCCUGGCCCUCUCGCUGCUCGCCGGAUCGGCCCACGGGGACCCAGCCGCCCCGCCGGGGAGCAACCACUCGGGGGCCCCCAGCAGGCGCCCCCGGAGCUAUAGCCAUCUGGAGGGCGACGUGCGCUGGAGGAGGCUGUACGGCUCCACCCACUUCUUCCUGUGCAUCGACAGCAGUGGCAAGGUGCAAGGCACACGGUGGAAGGAAAGUCCGAACAGCAUCCUGGAGAUCCGGUCGGUGCGAGUGGGCGUCGUAGCCAUCAAAUCCGUGCACACGGGUUUCUACCUGGCCAUGAACAAGAAGGGGAAAGUAUACGGGUCGAAGGACUAUAACCCCAACUGCAAGUUCAAAGAGCGCAUCGAGGAGAACGGCUACAACACCUACGCCUCGCUGCGCUGGCGGCCCGGCAACCGCCCCAUGUUCCUGGCCCUCAACGGCAAGGGCAGGCCCCGGCCCGGGAGCAGGACACGGCGCCAGCACCUCUCCGCUCACUUCCUGCCCCUGCUCGUCUCCUGAGCCGCGCUGAGGCGGGGUGGGGUGUUUUUUUGGUGCUAUUUAUUAUUUUUUGUAAUGAAAAAGGAGAUGGGCUCUCCCCCUGCCC